AUUCUGUCUUUCGUCGACCCCUCUGAAGCAAAUAUUUCUGAUCUUCAUCUUUGACACAGUGCUAUAAAUAUUCAUUCAUAUGGGUUGUAUUAGCGAAGUGGUUUUUCAGUUUUUUCAAUUUCUGCAUACGACCCACAACCACAACUAUAAUAACUUAACUUAAUUCUACUCAGAUGACUUGUGAUGUGUUGCGGUUCAUGUAGUUUGUGUUGCUUCUCCGAGGAUAUGUGUCGAUGUCGGAACAGUGAACUAUCUGAAACAAACCCAUCAGAAUGGAGCGGCUGUUAGCGGUGGUGGAUCGUAUUGCAUUCGCCUUGGUUAUAGAGUUUGAUAAAUUGACCAAUUCAUGUCUAAAUGGUUCGCCGAGGAAGAUGAUGGGUGUCAAGCGAGAAGUUAGAGAGGAAGAAGAAUGGGUUCUGUGUUUUCCCUUUUUUCCCAAUCCUGUGUUGUGGGUUUAAAGUGGACAAACUAAAGAAGUUGAAUCAUAACCGUCGAUUCGAUCAGAUGGCUCUGUUUGGUUUGACUGUGAUUGCUAAAACAGAACAGAACGGAUUUGUGUUAAAAAUCAGAGAAGGUAAGAAGAAACAAGUGUUGUGUUGGGAGGAAGCAAGAAAUGAGAAAGACGAAGAAGAGCAGCAACAACAACAGUAGUACUUCAGAUUCAGAGUGUUGUCAACAUGGUGAUGCUGAUGCUUCUUCUCCUAAGCAGCUUGAUGAUGGUUUCUUUGAAAUCGAAACCAUUCGCCGUAAAAGGCUCCGCAAGGGUGAGGUCCAGUACCUGAUUAAAUGGCGUGGCUGGCCGGAGACUGCCAACACAUGGGAACCUCUUCAUAACCUACAGUCUGUUCCCGAUCUCAUUCAUGCCUUUGAGGAGAGCCUCAAAUCAGCAGCAACAUCAGCAGCAGGAGGAGCAAAACCUCUUCGCAAGCGCACCAGACGCACCACCACCACCCACCUUCCACCACAAACUACUAAUGCUCAUCCUACCCCCCUCCCAAAUUCACAACAACACAUUCCUCACCAAAAUCAACCAACAUCAAACCUCCCCCAACAAACACCCAUUCAUGCUCAAUCCAAUGGGAAUUCCCUUCACCGCAGAGGAACCAACCGCAGAAAAUCUGCUUCCGUUAAAAGGUUCAAGAAAGACGAAUCUUCUCCUACAAACAAUGCACUUGGCUCCACUGCUCCUUAUGUGGGGAAUAAUAUCAAUACUCAUCAAAUCAUCACCGGUGCUAAAACUGCCAGCAAUAUUGUCAAGAUUAUAAAGGCUAUAGGCUAUUCAACUUCUCUAUCUUGCUACAAGCAGGAUAUUUUAGUCACCUUUAUGGCUAUGAGGUCUGAUGGAACAGAAGUUAUGGUGGAUAACAAAUAUCUCAAGGCAAACAAUCCACAACUGCUGAUCAAUUUCUAUGAGCAGCAUCUCCGGUACAAUCCUACUUAACUGGGCAAUGUAUUGAAAGUACUUUCUUGUGUGAUUAUAUCUCCUUUGUUUGUUGUUAGUUAUAUACAAUGGAGUUGUAGAUGCACCUCAUAGUGAAGGGUUAGUUGUUGGUUAGUGUAUGAUGACAAAUGACUAUAUAACCAAAUCUUUUGAAGACCUCUUAGACCAGCUAUUCUACAUCAUGCUUUAUCCUCUUUACUCAUGAAAAGGGCCGUAUGAAAUUGCCUAGAUGUUGUGCAUUGAACAUCAUUUAAAUUUGAUCUCUGUUUCACUUAAUCCAUCCUACUUUUGUGUCAAA